AUGUCAAGACCUGUCUCAGAAACACGCGUUUAUUUAGGGAAUCUUCCUAGGAACAUUAAUCGUCGAGAUAUUGAAAAUUUUUUCUAUGGUUAUGGAGACAUAGCAGAGAUCAAAUUGAUGUAUGGAUUCGCAUUCGUUGAGUUUAAAAACCCAAGAGAUGCAAAAGAUGCAGUUCAAGGCACGUUUUACAGGUUUUAUCUAGAUAAAUUGAUUAAUAUGGCGAAGAUCUCGGUAGAAAUGACGGAAAUUGUCUUUAUAGGUGUUAAGGUGGUUUUAGAUGGCAAAAGAAUGCUAGGAGAACGGAUUACUAUUGAAUUUGCUCGUGGUGGAAGAGAACGUCGUGAUGAUUUUCGAGGUCGUGACACGGAAGUUCGCUAUCCUCGUCCAAGAAGAACAGCGUAUAGGGUGAUAGUUGAGAAUCUUUCUCAAAAUGUCAGCUGGCAGGAUCUAAAGGAUUUCAUGCGAACUGCUGGAGAAGUCACUUAUGCUGAUUGUAGUCGUGAUGGUAGCGGCAAAGGAAUUGUUGAAUUUGAAACCGAGGAAGAUCUCAGAGCUGCUGUUCGUAAAUUAGAUGGCGUUGAAUUUAAGGGUUCUGAAGUCGUUCUUCGUGAAGAUAUAGAUCCCACUCGUCCUCGCUCUCGAUCUCCUCGUCGCAAUCGAUCUCCUCGUUAUCGAGGUUAUGACAGAGGUUACGAUAGGUAUGAUCGACGCUCUCCGAGAUAUCGUAGAGAUGAUAGGGAUUAUUAUCGUCGAGACGAUUAUUCCAGUCGUCGAACUUUCAAAGAUGAUAGAUAUUCUAGAGGUGGCUCUUACGAUCGUUCUCCCAUUCGUGAUCGUUCUCAAUCCAGAUCUCCCGUAAGAUCUUCUAAAGAAUUUUCUCCCAGAGAAGGUUCCUCCAGAAUUCCUAUAGAUGAUUCCGUGAGGGUUUAA